AUGCAGAGUUCGUUUGCCACGCUUUUAUUAUUCGCUUUGGUCACCGCCAACUCGGGUGCAGAUGCCGCUUCCACCGUUAGAUUUGGUCCCAUUCCGGACCGGCCAAUUGUCUUCCCAAUCCUGAAUGAGAAAGGACUCGGUGACAUUUGCCAGGUCCAGUACCCUACCGAUCCGUAUCCGAAAACGGGCUUCUGUAUGCGUGUCCAGGAGUGUGAAUCGUUUUCGUUGCGAGUGUUCUAUCAGCCAAAUUUCAAUGUCCACCAGGAGCUGUGCUACUUCGAAGUUCACGAUCCGGUUGUUUGCUGCCUGAGUGCAAGGGACGCCGAACCGUCGGUUGUGGGGCAAAGAACCGAACUUGAUAAAGAUUGGCCAUACGAGUUCGAAAGAGUGAAUGCGGUUUGA